UACAAGAAAUUUCAAACCUAAUCUUACCUUUUACCUAAACAUAACCAUAAAUAACCAGUUCUUCUAGUAUAUGUACACGUGUUUAUUUUCAUCUCAAGUUUGAAAUAAUUGCCGCAAUAAAAUGGUUUCAAAACGCAAAAAGAAGUAUACAACUGGUGAAGCAGCCCAAUUCAUGACAAGAAAAGCAGCUCUGAAAAAAUUACAGCUAUCUCUAAAUGAUUUCCGGAAGUUGUGUAUAGUUAAAGGUAUAUACCCAAGGGAACCAAGGAAUAGAAAACGAGCACAAAAAGGAAAUACAGGAAUUAAAACCCUUUAUCAUGUGAAAGACAUACAAUUUUUACUUCAUGAACCAAUAAUAUGGAGGCUUAGAGAUUAUAAAAUAUUUAAUAAGAAAGUAGGUCGCGCUAGAGCAGUUAAAGAUUUUGAAAAGCUCAAUAGAUAUUUGAACAAUCACCCUACACUCAAAUUGGAUCAUAUUGUAAAAGAGCGAUACCCAACGUUUAUAGAUGCUCUGAGGGAUUUAGACGAUUGCCUUACAUUAUGCUUUCUUUUUAGUACGUUUCCAUCACUAGCACACGUUCCUAGGGAUCAAUCUGCUUUAUGCAGAAGAUUAACUUUGGAAUUCCUACAUGCAGUUAUAGAAGCCAAAGCACUCCGAAAAGUAUUCAUUUCAAUAAAAGGGUAUUAUUUUCAGGCAGAAAUCAAAGGUCAAAACAUUACCUGGAUAGUACCACAUAAUUUCUCAUUCACUCCCCAAAGUAAAGCUGAUGUUGACUUCAAAAUAAUGUCAACUUUCGUAGAGUUCUACACUGUAAUGCUGGGAUUUGUCAAUUUUCGAAUUUAUAAUAGUUUGAAUUUAUUUUAUCCUCCUAGCUUUUCUGCUUUAUCUCAGGCAGAUAGUGAAAAGUUAUUAGUGGACGAAGAUGUUUUUAUUGCUGAAAGAGUUGCUGCACUUAAUUUGCCACUAUCAAAAUCAAGUAAUGAAUCUAUAGAAGACAAUCUUGAAAUAGAUAGUUUUGAUAUCAGUGAAGGUGAUGCUGAAAAGUUGGAAGAAGCCAAGAGGGAAUCCGAGAAAAUCAAACAAUUAAAAACUCUUUUCAAAGGAAUGAAGUUUUUCUUGAAUAGAGAGGUACCACGUGAACCUCUUGUAUUUAUUAUCAGAUGUUUUGGAGGAGAGGUGUCCUGGGACAAAACCCUGUUUGUGGGAUCUACUUUUGAUGAAAACGACGAGUCCAUCACACAUCAUAUUGUUGAUAGACCCUCAAUGGAAAAACAAUUCAUUUCAAGGUAUUAUAUCCAACCACAGUGGGUUUUCGACAGUGUAAAUGCUAGAGAGCUUCUCCCUGUCAACAAAUAUUUCAUGGGAGAAACCUUACCACCUCAUCUUUCUCCAUUCAUCGAUAAAGACCGUGAUCAGCAGUAUAUACCUCCUGAGGCCAGAGCACUCUAUGAUGAAUCCGAACUGGAACAACAGCAUAAGCGAGAUGAACUAAUAGAAGAUGGUAAAGUGGUUGAAGAUGACGGAGAAGAAAGUGAUGGUGGUAAUCAAGAGGAAAAGAGUACUGUUGAUCCAGAUGGUGAGAGUGAUCAAGAGGAAAAUAUUGAGAGCCCUCCAAAGAAAUCAAAAAUGUCCGUCAGUAUUGGCGAAGUGUAUAAAGAGGUUCCUUGGGAGAAAAAUAGACAAGAACGACAGGAAUACCGUUUGAGGGAGAAGAUGGUAAAGAAGAAACACAAAAAAUUAUAUAACAGCAUGAUGCAGGGCAAAAAGGAUAGAGCUAAAGAAAUAUGGUUGCUAAGGAAGAAAAGAAGAUUGCAUGAUGAAAAAAAGGUUGUAGAAAAGAAGAAAAAGUUCAAGGGAGCUGCAGGAGAGUAACUUCAGUGAUAUAAACAUUUAAUAAACCAAUGUUGAAGUGUUAUGUAAAUGAAUAAGAACAUAAUUUUUUUUAAAUAAUAUACAUGGAUUUGAAGAACUG